AACAGGGUAUGCUUUCUACUUUCUUAAUUUCAAUUCUAGGGUUUUUCUUCGGUUCUUCAUUUGAGCUUGAUUUUGUUCCAUGAUUCGAUUAUUGGUGUUUGAGAUUCGAUUUGGAAGUUCUGGGUAUUUCGUUUUGGAUGCUAGAAUGGUUUCAAAAUUUGAUUGAUUUGUGGAAACAAAACUGAAUCUGCGAUUCUCGAGCUGGUUAAAGCUUGGAUUUUUUUAUUUGUUUUUUUGAAAAUGGAUAACCGGAAUAAGCAUAAUGAUCAUUUGGGUGUGAACAAGAUGGGGAAAAACAUAAGAAAGAGCCCACUGCACCAACCCAAUUUUGCUAAUUCUGCUAGGCAACAACCUCAACCUCAGGUUUACAAUAUUAACAAGAACGAUUUUCGAAACAUUGUUCAGCAACUAACUGGUUCGCCUUCCCAAGAACCGCUGCCUAGACCUCCCAAUAAUCCGCCUAAACCCCCGAGCAUGAGGUUGCAGAAGAUCAGACCUCCGCCAUUAACACCCAUUAAUCGACCCCCAAUUCGAAUUCACCCCCCACCUCCACCUCAAGCCCCACCUAUGCCUGCAGCACCAAUUCCUUAUGGUAAUCCCUUUGUUAGACCACCUGCUCAAUUUGGUCAGCCAUCACCUACAAUGUUGCCACCUUUUACUCCUGGUGAUUCAGUUUGGCCAAAUACAGCUGAGUCUCCUAUCUCAGCGUAUAUGCGCUACCUGCAAAACUCAAUUAUAGAUUCGGGACCUAGGCAACCACAUCCUCAGGUUCCGGGUCCAUCGUCUGGUUUACUUCCUAACCCACACGUGCCUCUUUCCUCACCACGAAUGAGUGGUCCUCCGCCUCUUUUACCCUCUCCUACUUCUCAAUUCCUUUUGCCAUCACCUAGUGGUUUCUUGAAUUUGUUGUCUCCGCGGUCACCUUAUCCCUUGCUGUCUCCUGGGUAUCAGUUCCCUCCACCGCUGACACCAAAUUUUGCAUUUUCUCCCAUGGCUCAGCCGGGGCUUUUAGGUCCCGGGCCUCAACCUCCGCUUUCUCCUGGCAUUGCAUUUCCAUUAUCUCCUUCAGGAUUUUUCCCCAUUUCAAGUCCUGGAUGGCGGGGUCAGUAGUCCUAGACAGCUGUAAACUGUUUGUGGUUUCCACACCUGAGCCUCAGUGAGGAUGUUCUUUCUGGUGACUAACCUCCUUGGUAUGGGAGCUUCACUUGUGAAAAUCUGAUGUAUACAAGUUCUUUGGAAGUAUUUAGUUUUAGUUUUUUGGUCUUGUUUCCUUUCCUUGUUUUCAUUUGUCAAUAUCGAUAUCAAGGUUUGUAUUGAGAUUUUGAUUAUGUAACAGCUGCAAUCUGUCUGUUUCCUAGGGCUAGUUUAACUUUAGGUGAUUUAAAAUUAGUGAAGAUUGGAGAAUUCAUCCAGACCCUUCAGCAAUGUUGUAACAUGUAAGAAGGUAGGAUGAUAUACAUUGAAAUUUAUACUCUGCUUGAAGAGUUUUUGUAUU